AUGUUUCAUUCAGAAUAUGAAAAGAAAUUAAGAUCACCAUCAAAAUCACCAGGUUCAAAAACUAAUUAUUAUAAUAAUUAUAGUAAUAACAACAAUAAUACACCAAUCCCAUUGCCAUUAUCUAUUUUUCACUCAACUUAUGAAGAUAAUGGUAGUAAUAAUAAUAAUAAUAAUAAUAAUAAUAAUAUUAACUUGAAUAGCAAUAAUAACAAUAAUAAUAGCAAUAAUAGUGGAAGUAAUAUUAAUAAUAAUAUCACUACACCAAUUAAGAGUACAUCAACAACAACAACUACUACAACAACACCAAUAACUACACCAACAACAACUACCACCACUACCACUACUACACCAUCAUAUGAUAGUUAUGGUGAUAGAUUUAUACCACUUUCAAUUGGUUUAGAAUCCCAAAAUAACUAUAGUUUUGAUGAAUCAUCUUAUGAGUAUCUAUAUUGUUAUCCUUCAGAAAACUCAUACACAAUAGAUAAACAAAGGGAUGAAAGUCAUUUAGCAUAUAAUAUAGUAUUAAAGAAUGAACUAUUAGGUUCUUCUCUUUCCUCAAACUUUUUUGAUUCACCCUCUUCUAUUUAUAAAUCUUCAAUUUUUAAUAAUAAUAAUAAUAAUAAUAAUAAUAAUAAUAAUAAUAAUAAUAAUAAUAAUAAUAAUAAUAAUAACAACCAUGUAAAUAAUAACAAUAAUAAUAAUAAUAAUAAUAAUAUUGAUACACCCACAAACAAUAACAAUAACAAUAACAAUAACAACAACAACAACAAUGUAAAUAUUAAUGACACAACUGCUACAACAACAACCACAACAACAACAAAUACAAAUAUACCCACAACUACUACCAAUGCUACAAAUAAUAACAAUAAUAAUAGUAAUAACACUACUACUACAACAACAACUACUACCAAUACUACCAAUACUACUAAUACAAAUACAAAUACAAAUACAAAUAAUAAUUUAAUAAAUAUUAAUCAAUCACCAAGUAAAAAACAAAGUUUAAUGAGUGCAACAAUGAAUAAUAAUAAUAGUAAUAAUAAUAAUAAUAAUAAUUUUGGAAUAUUAAAAUAUAAUCAAAAACAAAAAUCAACAAUGAGUAAUCAUUUAGAUUGCUCACCAUAUUCAUUAUCAUUGUUGAGUGAUGAUAGUCAGAAAUUACUUUCAUCACCAAGAAAACCACAAAGAAAGAUAUCGAAAACACCAAUAAAGAUAUUAGAUGCUCCAAUGAUAAAAGAUGACUUUUAUUUAAAUUUAAUUGAUUGGAGUUCACAUAAUAUUUUAGCUGUAGGUUUGGAUACUAGUGUUUAUCUUUGGAAUGCAACUACAAGCCAAGUUUCAAAACUUUGUGAAAUGGAAUCAGGUCAACCAGUUUCAUCAGUUGGUUGGAUACAACGUGGUGGUAUUCAUUUGGCAAUUGGUGGUACUGAUGGUGUAGUCUCGAUUUGGGAUGUAAAUAAAAAGAAAAAGAUUAGAGAAUUACAAGGUCACAAUACAAGAGUGAACGCUUUGGCUUGGAAUAAUCAUAUACUGAGUAGUGGUGGUAAGGAUAAAGUGAUUCUACAUCAUGAUGUACGUGAUUGUAGUAAUAAUUACACAAAUAGAUUAGUUGGUCAUAGGCAUGAAAUUUGUGGUUUAAAAUGGUCUCCUGAUGGUCAACAAUUAGCAUCUGGUGGUAAUGAUAAUUUAUUAAAUGUUUGGGAUCAUUCAAUGACUCAACAACCUCAACAACAACAUCAACCACCACCACCACCACCAUCAUCAAAUACCUCUUCUAUCUCACAACAACAACAACAACAAAAUACAAGUAAACCUCUUUAUCAAUUUAAAUUUCAUUAUGCAGCAGUUAAAGCUAUUGCAUGGAGUCCACAUCAACGUGGAUUAUUAGCAUCAGGUGGUGGUACUCAUGAUAAAUGUAUAAGGUUUUGGAAUACAACUACAGGUCAAUCCAUUCAAUCAAUUGAUACUGGUAGUCAAGUUUGUAAUUUAGCAUGGAGUAAGAAUAUUAAUGAAUUGGUGAGCACUCAUGGCUACUCACAGAAUCAAAUCACUGUUUGGAACUAUCCCACAAUGACACCCGUUACCACUUUAACUGGCCAUACAAUGAGAGUCCUUUAUUUGGCGGUUUCUCCUGAUGGUCAAACCGUUUGUACUGGAGCUGGUGAUAAUAGUUUAAGAUUUUGGAAUUUAUUUCCUUCAAAUAAAGAGUCUUCUUUUUCUUCAAAUCUCGAUUCAUUUUAUAAUAAAAAAGGUCUAGAUAUAAGAUAA